CGAUUGGCUAUAUAUGCAUAAAUCUUUGUAUACUUCAUCUUAAUUUACCGUGCAUUUAUACAAUUGCAGUGGUCUUUCAUCUGUUGUAAAAGCUGUCUGUAUUAUAUAUACAGCACACACACGCACAUAUGAUGGCGCAGAUGUUCAACUCUGAAAGAACAAUGUACGAAUCCGAUGAAUUUCGGAUGUAUGGCUUUAAGAUAAUGCAGUGCCCGAGGAGACGGAGCCACGAUUGGACUCAGUGUCCCUUCGCCCACCGCGGCGAGAGGGCCCGUCGUCGCGACCCGCGCCGGUACAACUACGCGGCUGUGCCAUGCCCGGAUUAUAGCGACGAUAGAGACUGCAUCAGGGGAAACACAUGCCAAUUUGCUCACGGGGUCUUCGAGUACUGGCUUCACCCAGAAAAGUACCGUACUCGCCUAUGCAACGCCGGCGAAUUUUGCACUCGCAAUGUCUGUUUCUUUGCCCAUUCGACGGCGGAACUCAGGAGGCACCACCAGAACCGGCGCCGCGUCUCGGCCAUUAUUAAUGAACCGUCAUUGGGAAGAAGAUGGGGCGAGCAUGGAGAAGCCUCGACAUGGUCGUCAAUAUUGGGGCAGCCAAGUGAGGGGUCAUCCAAUUCAGGCAACAACCCUGAUUAUUUGGGCAGCUUGAUGAGCCGGUUGAUCAUUAGUGGGGAAGGUAAUCGAACGACGAGGGGUGCCCAGCAUCGGUGCUUGCAACAACCAGAUGCUCCUGAUAUAGGGUGGAUAGAUGAUCUACUGGAUUAAUUGACCACCAAAUUAAUUAAUAUAUAUUUGCCGUCAUCAAUGUAAAGAUUAUUUUCCAGCGAGUAUUGGGUUUAGGGAAAGACUUAAGUUAAACCAUUCAUUCCGGCAAAAUGUUGC